AUGUCCCCUGCUCCAGCCGCAGUUUCAGCUCCUGCGUUGGUCUCCCUGUUUGACCUCAACGCAGAUGCUCUGGUCCUUCAGGGCCUGAGCUUGGUGAGCCACGUUCCCGGGGAUACUUCCCAGGCCCGGCAUGAUGCUGCUCAGGGGAGAGAGCAAACCCAGGAAGAAAAUGACUUACUGCAGGGUCCUUCAGAUAUUUUGGAGAAGUUAUAUUGUUCAACCUGUGACCAGACCUUCCAGAAUCGCCAGGAGCAGAGGGAACAUUAUAAGCUUGACUGGCAUCGGUUUAAUUUAAAGCAACGGCUUAAGGACAAGCCUCUCCUGUCUGCCCUGGACUUUGAAAAGCAGAGCUCCGCAGGGGAUCUGUCCAGCAUCUCAGGAUCAGAAGACUCAGACUCAGCCAGUGAGGAAGACUUGCAGAUAUUGGGUGAGGAGAGGGCUGAAUUUGAGAAGCCCAACCAUCCACGAGGCUUUCCCUCCCAUCGGGUUCUUUUCCAAAAUGCACAGGGCCAGUUCCUCUCUGCCUACCGCUGUAUCCUAGGCCCUCGCCAGGUACCCCUAGAUGAUGUAGAAAUCCUGCUACAGAAUUUGCAAAGUGGAGGUCCCAGACACUCUGUGGUACUCAUGGCUGCAGCUGGCCACUUUGCUGGUGCCAUUUUCCAAGGAAGAGAAGUGGUGGCCCACAAAACCUUUCACCGCUACACUGUACGGGCCAAGCGGGGAACAGCCCAAGGGGUUCGGGAUGUCCGGGGUAGGGCUUCUCGCUCCGCCGGAGCUAACCUGAGGCGCUAUAAUGAAGUCACACUAUAUAAGGAAGUCCGUGAUCUGCUGGCAGGACCAGGCUGGGCUGAGGCGUUGAGGGAGGCCAAGACCAUUCUGCUGCGUGCCCCCCGCUCUGGCCGACCCUUGUUCUUUGGAGGCCGUGAGGCACCCCUGCAACGAGGGGAUCCCCGGAUUUGGAAUAUCCCCCUCGUUACCCGCAGACCUACCUUCCGAGAGUUAGAGCACGUGCUCCAUAAGUUGACCACUUUGCAUGUCCACGGAGAAGACCCCCGAGAGACAGUCAGAUUGGAUUCCCCUCAUACACACUGGAAAACAAGGAAUGAGAGGAAGGCAGCUAUUGAGGAAGAAAGAAGAAAAGUCCCACGUGAUGAAAAUGAAGCACUUGGGCAGAAUGCAGAGUCUCCCAAACAGGGUUCAGGGUCAGAGGGAGAGGACAGCUUCCAGGUGGAAUUGGAACUAGUGGAGAUGACUCUGGGGACCCUGGAUCUUCGUGAGUUUGAGGUGUUGCCCAAGCGGCGCAGAAAGAAAAGGAAAAAGGAGAGAAGCCGGGAGCUGGAAGCUGGUGCACAUAGGACUCUCUCCGAGGAGUCUCUAAAAGAUGAGACUCUCUCAGAGUCAGCUAAAUCCCAGGCACAUACAGCCCCAAACGAUCCUUUGCUAGAUGAGGCCAAGGCUCCUGGUCAGCCAGAACUCUGGGGUGUGCUUCUAGCUGCUUGCCGAGCCGGAGAUGUAAGGAUAUUGAAGCUCCAACUAGCUGCGAGCUCCAUAGACCCUGGAGUUCUGUCUCUGCUCAGUGCCCCCUUUGGCCCUGGAGGCUUCACGCUCUUACAUGCAGCCGCCGCUGCUGGGAGAGGCUCAGUGGUUCGCCUGCUGCUGGAGGCAGGUGCCGACCCCACUGUGCAGGACUUCCGGGCCCAGCCACCAUAUACGGUUGCAGUUGACAGAUCAACACGUAAUGAGUUCCGAAGGUUCAUGGAGAAGAAUCCAGAUGCCUAUGAUUACAACAAGGCUCAGGUGCCAGGGCCACUGACACCAGAAAUGGAGGCACGGCAGGCCACACGGAAAAGAGAACAGAAGGCAGCCCGGCGGUUAAGGGACGAACAGCAGCGGAGGCGGCGGGAGCAGGAGAAGUGGGAACAAGAAGAGCAGCAGAGAUUUGCUGCCCUCAGUGACCGAGAGAAGAGAGCUCUUGCUGCAGAGCGCCGACUAGCUGCCCAAUUGGGAGCCCCUACUCCUCAGAUCCCUGACCCUGUGAUCAUCAAUGCCCGACGCUGCUGGAGCUGUGGGGCAUCCCUCCAAGGCCUCAUUCCCUUUCACUACCUGGACUUCUCUUUCUGCUCCACUCGCUGCCUCCAGGAACAUCGCUCUCGGGCCGGGAGACCCUCUUCCUGA